AUGCCUGCAACCUACGCGCUGGCAAAGGAGUGUCAGUUGCUGCGUGGCGAUGUCGAGGGUGUGCUCUCGCUCGCUGCUCAACUCCUCCUUCAGACGACCGCGACCGCAUCGCCUCCCAACGGAUCAGCUGUAGCCUCUGCGUCGUCAUCGACGCCGACCACGUCGUUCAUUGGCCCCGUCGUAGGUGCCAUCCUCACGGAUGUCCACGUCCGCUCACUUCUUCUCAACACGCUGGUGCGCGUCCUCGUGCCGGCGCGGCGGCAGAGGGCACUGCUUGAUGACAAUAAGUACGUGCACGCAGCCAACAUGGCGGCGCUGCAAGAGCAGCAGCAACAACAGAGAAGCAAUGGCCCAAGACCGACGAAUUCGGUUGACGGAGGAUCGGACGUGUUGCAGCGAUACCGCGUAGGGCGUGUCGUCGGUGUCGUGCCGAAGCCACAACCUAAGGCAGCGAAGGUGGCCCACGACGGGAGUGGGUCUGCCGCUUGCGCUGACUUUGCCGCAGCAGCGGCUGAAGAAGGUCAGCAGUGGCUGCUGGCCGUCUACGUUGGCGAGUGUGUCGAGCCGUUUGCCGUGUCGGCCAUCGCAGAGGAUGUCCUCACAGAGGUGGAGCACCGCAUCUUUGUGCAAUCAGCCCUGUCCACGAACAGAGAGGAGGGUAGCCGACGUGCGAGUGUGCUGCCGAGUCAGCAGCCUGCACUGCUCUCUGCCGAGAUGGCAGUCGUGGUGCAGCAAAGCAUCAAGGACAUCCGCCUAGCACUGCAGCUGAUGCAGACGGCGGACAAGAAAGCAGCCGCGGUGGGUGUGGAGGCGGCCACGCGGCGGCUAAUGCAACGCGCCAGUGGGGUAAAGCGGUGGCACGAUGCGUCAGACAACGACGGGGAUAGUCGCACCCACAAGAGGGGGACCGAGGCGGCACCAGCUGGAGAAAGCAGCGACGGACUCGGCACGCACUUCGGUAACGGGACCUCGUCGCAAGCCGCACGGGUGGCCCGCCUCACAGAGGACGUGACAGCACGUGGUACGCAGCUUCAGCAGCUCCGCCAGCUGCUUCAACAAAAGGAGCAGGAGGUGAAGGCCACGCUUCAACAGCAGCAACAGCAGGAGGCGCGGCACCGUGGCGAGGUCGAUGCGUGGCGCGCCAAGGUGGAGGAACAGAGCCGCACGCACGAGCGGGUUUCGAAGGAGUCGCAGGAGUCGUUAGAGCAGCGCGACCGACUGCUUGACGAGGCGAACACGAAGCUGCGUCGACUGGCCGGCAUGGCCACCAAGUACAAACAGGUUGUAGACACCGUAGCGGCACUGCUGAAACGCAGCAGCGGCGAAGGUGGUGACGGGACGGUUAUGACGCCUGACGACAUACUGAUAGCUCUACAAACUAGAAAGUCGCUGUAG